AGAAAUGAUGUUAAUAGUUUAUCCUUUAUUGUGUGCAUGUGCAGUCUGCAGUUUGGUUCAAAACUCAGACUGCGCUUCUAUCUAGUGGUCAUGACACAGCACAACGUUUAAAAAGCAACUUUUCCAAUUUGGACAUUCUGUGAGUGUACACAGAAUCACCUUUGCCUUAGCCAGGUGCAUCUAAUCAAGUCGAGUUAUCAGGACUCUGCCAUUUUCCCCUGUCCUUUAUUGUUCCAACAACGUUUCCAAUUGCAACCUCCUUCAUGCCACAUAAUAGACUCUUAAGAGUCACACACAAUAAAAUAAUACACUGUAGUGAUAAAACUGUGUACUGUAAACAUUUAGAUAUAUGCCCUUCCAAUUCAACUUAAAAUAAUGUGUUUUAAUAAUGUUUUCUCUUUGUCCUCGACAUGCUUCCAAAAGACAAUUCCACAGCUGUAAUCAAUUUAUCUGUGUAACCUAAGUCCCCAUGAGAUGCCUCAACCUACCAAUACAGCAAUGCCUCUGGAGCUAACCUUCAACAGGUAGACCUGGUGCAUUAUUUGGCGAAGUAGCCUACAUAAAAAUUGUACAAAAAACACUCCAAUCAAAUACGCCCAUUCCCUGACGCUGCCUUCGAUACACUCAGCCUUCACGAGAACACCAUAAUUUCACACGUGCCCUAACUACUACCUAGUACGAUACUUGUUCUGUUUCAAAGCAGGAAAAGUGCCUCGCGGUUUAAUGACAUUAACCACUGUUGUUUUUCAUACGUAGUGACAAUUCGAUAAAUCAGAAUCGUCUCCAUUGAAUGUGGUGAACGAGUUUUGGGUAGUUAUGUAGUUUGCAUGAGGGGAAGAAGAGGGUGCUGUCGCCGCCGCCAUAUUUGCUCUCACCGUGGUAUGGACAUCUAGCUAGUGUGUACUGCUAGCACCCUUCAUUUUAGUACCCUUGUUUGUAUGUUCAUGUGAAGGAUGGAACCUAUGGAUCCAAGACCGAUUGGUAUUGAAUGCAAUUACAAAAUGACGGAGAAUGACAUUACGGGAUUAAUAAAGUUGCGUGCAACAAAUGAUGCAAUUUUCACGGGUAAAAGAAAUUCUGCGAUGCCUGCUUGGAGAGCCAUGUUGAAGGAGUUGGGCCUCCAAGGAAGAAUCACAGCUCUGCAGUUGAAGAAGAAAUGGGAAAAUAUGAAGAUGAAAUAUAAGGAUUUCAAAAACCCUCCCAUUGGUAUGGACACCAAGGUCAACCCAAACUCCUGGCGCUGGUUUCAUCUCAUGGAUCAAGCCAUGACGGGCCAGUUAGCUGGGACGGCCCAAAUACUGAACCCUUCACUGUUCGACAUGGAGGAGGAGACUGGAUCUCCACCUGUACCCAUCAAAAGAAUAUGUCUGAAGCCAGAAGAAGGAGUCAACAUUUUCGAAUUUUGGGCCAAGGCUCAACUUGGGGUGGGUUGUGAGGCAGAGAACACGAAAGGGGACAGAAGCACUUCUUACAACAAUGAGGCUACUGAGAUUCGAAGGGCCUCCGCCGAGUGUGAAAUGGCCUUGCAAAGAGUAGUGUCAACAGAUAAGGCCGUUGAGACUGAAACUGAGGAAACCGAGUAUGCUAUUAGUGUGUCUGACAGUGAGGUAGCAGUGGAGAGCAUUGAACGCAAACACGAGGUGACUAACAAUGAACGGCCUGUCAUGGUCAACGCCAGCAGAAACAUUGACAGGGAGAUGGUCGAAUUGGACCGACAGAUAGCCGAGUUGGAGAAAGAGAGGGAGGUUCUGGAAAGGGAGCAGGCAGACUUUGACCGGGACAGGCUGUUGAUGGAGAGAGAGAGGGAGGUGUUGCGCAGUGAGAGGGAGACUCUCGAGCGUGGCAGAGCGACGUUGGAGAACGACAGGGCGUCCAUAGACCGGGAGCGGGCAGUGCUGGACAGAGACCGAGCUGUCCUGGACAGGGAUAAGGCUUUAAUCGAGAGGGAAAGGGCAGAACUGGUGAGAGAACGGGAGUCCUUCAUGCAAAGCAGGAUCGCUCACAGCAACGACUCCACUGAAUGCGAGAUGGACUCCAGGUUUGAGAGAAGAGAAAGAAUGUUUUUGUUAUUUGAGAAACUUAUUGACAAGUCCUUCCCCCAGAUUGAAGAAGUACCUUCUUUUUCAUUGACUGAGGAGGACGUCAAAAGGUUGAUCGAAUUUCGGGCUUCCAAUGAUGCUCUGUUUACAGGAAAGAGGAAUUCUGCAAAGAUUGCCUGGAAUACUAUUUUGAGAGGAUUGGGUCUUCAAGGUAAACUCACUGCUGACCAGAUUGCUAAAAAAUGGGACAACCUUCGAACAAAGUACAAGGAUUUGAAACACCCUCAUAAUGGCCAGGAGCCAGGGGGAAUGGACUCGUGGCCGUGGUUCCACCUUAUGAACGAAGCAAUGCAGGGACGUCUUUUCAAUGCCAACUUGACUCUGGUGCCCGAGUCAGUCGGUGUCGACACCCCAGGAGUUUCCUCCCCGUUACCCAACGAGUCAGGGAGGGACAACGAGAACCAAGAAAAUACAGAUAUUUUGGAGUUUCUGAUAAAAACAGAGAUGGAAGACAGCGGUGGGACUGAGAAUGUGGAGGGUGGUGGAACAGGCCGGACAGCUGGAACUCCCACUGAAGGCAUCCCUAUAGGGUGGCGAAGGAUGUCAGAAUGCACCUACAAAAUGACUGAGCCUGAGACUGAAAGAAUGAUCAAGUUGCGUGCUGUCAACGAGGCUCUCUUCACUGGCAGGAAGCAUACUGCCAAACCUGCGUGGAGAGCAAUUUUGUAUGAGUUGGGACUUCAAGGAAAGGUGACUACAGACCAGCUUGCUAAAAAGUGGGACAACCUGAAGAGGAGAUAUAAGGAGCUUAAAUUUCCAGCUCGAGGCAUCGAGAGCAACCCAAACUCCUGGCCCUGGUUCUACCGCAUGAACGACGCCAUGGAGGGCCGCUUUGCUGGCUCCGCCCCCGUCCUCGCGCCCAUGGUGGAGGAGGGAGACGACGAGUGCGAGCCUUCACCACCCCCGGCCAGGAAGCGGGCUCGCCGAACACCGGGAAGGGGAGGAAUGUCAGAGUUCCUGACUGAGUCGGAGAUGGAUCUGCUGGUGGAAACAGAGGACAGGAACGGAGCGUCCUUGGAGUUUCACAAAAUGACGGAAUUCUCCUAUAAGUUGACAGAGGAAGACACAAGGAGGUUGAUAGAACUACGCGCUGCAAACGAGGCUCUGUUCACUGGGCGGAGAAACACAGCCAAGCCUGCCUGGAGAGCCAUUGUUAAAGAGAUGGGCCUUGCAGGAAAGUUGACCCCAGACCAGGUUGGCAAAAAAUGGGACAACUUGAAGACUAAAUUCAAGGACUUGAAGUACCCACCGCAGGGCAUGGAGAACCAGACCAACGCUGCCUCCUGGCCUUGGUUCCAACUGAUGAACGACGCCUUAGAGGGACGUCUGGUGGGGAAGGCACCAAAACUAACGCCGUUGUGGGUGAGCGAGGAAGACAACAUGUACGCGUCCUCUCCACCCCCUGCAGAGAGGGGCGGAGUUUCAGAGUUGGAGGAAAGCAUGGCGGCAGCAGACACAGAGGGGGAGGGAACGGUGACUUACAUUGACGCCAGCGGUGAAGAGUGUACAACUCCCACGGAUUUCUCCUACAAGAUGACGGAACAGGACACAAGGAAGCUGAUCAAGCUGCGCGCUGCAAAUGAGGUUCUGUUCACCGGGAGGCGAAAUGCAGCCAAGGCCGCAUGGAAGGCCAUUUUAAAGGAGUUGGGUCUCCUUGGUAAGGUAUCCACUUACCAGGUGUCCAAAAAGUGGGACAAUUUAAAGAGAAGAUAUAAGGACUUGAAGUACCCUCCGGUAGGCAUGGAGAGCAUGGCAGACAAUGCUGCCUCCUGGCCCUGGUUUCACCUCAUGAACGAAGCCAUGGAGGGCCGCUUGUCCUCCUGCGCCCCUGUCCUCACCCCCAUCACACAGGAGGAUGACCAGCACCCCUCGCCCUCGCCCCGCGUGUCCAGGCCACGGCCACCUGCACCACCUGCACCACCCCAACAGGAGAAUCGAGCCAGUGCCUCCGACUUUGAGCAGGAGAUGUACGCCGAGCACACUGCCGACGAAUGCCAGAGAGCUUCUGCCGAAUGCGAGAGAGCCCUCAGGGAGGAGCGGUUAGGGAGGGGCCCCGCGGGGCCCGUGAACAAAGGGCCGGCUCUGGAGAGGGAGUGGGAGAUUCUGGAGCGGGAGAGGGCGGCCGUGGAGCGGGAGAGGGCGGUGGUGCAGGCGGAGAGGCUGUGGCUGGAGAGGGAGCGAGCGGCGCUCCAGAGAGACAGACUGGCGUUCGAACACGACAGAGUGGCACUAGGCAGAGAGAGAGAGGCUUUUGAAAGUGAGAGGGCGAUGAUGAUGAACACGGUCACAGUGGUACAUGCAGGACACAUCAACUCUGCGAUGGGAAUGUAGAUGCAUCUUUCCUGUUUCGGGGGGGGGAAUAAAACUGUGAAUUGAAGCAUCAGAUUGCUCAAGCAGGCAACCUGAAGAAAGAGGAUGGGUUGUUGUCAAUCAAUGGAAUAUGCUAAUGUACAGUAUUGUGGAAAUAUAAAAAAAAGUAUGGAGACGGGUGCUUUCACACCUAUAGUCCGUUUCCUUGGUCCGAAUCAGUCAUGAGUUGCUACUUUGUUGCGUUUUUCAUUAGGUCUGGUUAGUGUUCACAUGGUCCUGUGAAUUAGCAACAAACGUUUGUAAAACAAACAAUGACACGCUGUCGUACAGGUCGUUCAUCUAUUGGACAGAAAAUCUGUGAGGGGAAAAUCACUUUGUGUCAAUCACAUUGUCAUGAACAAUGGAGCAACAGCAGCGUAUUGCGAUUGUGAUAGGCCCCUACUAUCUUGAAUUGUUAUGAUUUGGUAUUGCACGACCAAAUGGGGUUGGUCUUGUACUCAGGAUCAUAUCCAUAUCAAACCAUGGAAAUUAUUUUUGUUCGUCCCCGAGCUACCACAUUUCCGUAGAUGACGACCAUUCAUUUGAAUCAGGUGUGUUGGAGCAGGGAAACAUCUAAAACAUACAGGGCAGGGAGGCCCCAGGACCAGGAUUGGGAACCCCUGCCGUAGAAUAUCACGCACUUAUAUGUAUAACUGCCUAAGUUUUUAAACUUUCAAUCGACAUUGGUCCACUGUGCGCUCAAGUAGGCUACCCAUUCUUUCAGUGUAUCACUGAAGAAUUUUAAUACUUCGUUAUUCGUAUGUGUUUUCACAAGCAUCUUUGCAAAAUGAUUAUCAGCCCAUAUUUGCAGAAGAGCCUUCAUUUCAUAAUUCCCCCACAUUUUCCCUCGAGUCAUCUUGCUGCUUAUGAGCGGCGCGGCUGUUUGCCAAGUGUCAACAUCCUUCUUCAACCCACAAUGUACUACAUUUUGGUUUGCUUCCUAUAAUAGGAAAUUAUAUUAUGUCUAAAGUCCGACUACGUUCACACCUAAAGCGAACCGAACCCUGGUUCACUUCGAUCCGGACCGGUCCUGUCUUUUUAGGGGGACCAUGGUUUUAUCCGCACCAGAAUUCGAAUGCGUGUUCUCACCUUUAAACGAACCGGACUUACAGAGAAAACACCGAUUGAAACUGACCAAACAGGCUAGGUGUGAAAGUACCCUAUAUACAAAAACUUUAUACAGCAUGUUUUCACUUAAUCAUACCAGUUUCCCAGUUGAGUUAGAAAGUGCUGAUGCUGUUGUAUUGAUGAACAAUGCGUUCAAAACCAUAUUGUCUAUCCCAAUCGAUCACACAUUCGUUAACACAUUUUAAUCUGUAGUUUAUAUAUUGUGAACUUGUUUUCAAAGACACGGGAAUUGCCCGUCAAGUUGUUUUCUUGCAAACAUCUUAAAGCCUUAAAAAAAGUAGUUUGUAUCUUUUAUCAUUUUACUGUAUUCUUAGCCUGGGGACCAGACCGAUCUGCAAGGUCAUGGUGUAUUUGCUGUUGCAGAUGGCUGUGGUCAGUGUCUCGUUAAAAAGUGCUGGGCCUGUAUCUGAUAUGGGGCGGAAUUAACACGGCGACUGAACAGAGGAGCGCUGUUCAUGCAUUUUCGUAAUCGUGGUUUGGUUGCACUGGUUUUGGUUAGGGCCGUUGAUAAAGUCCCUUGGCAAUGAUAAACUGAGAGGUUCCAGACUACUGUGCAUUUACUAGGCUAUGGAAUUUCAGGCAUUCUGCAUUCUCAUAUAUCACAUCAAUUUCGUAGCACAGCAGUCAUUGGUUAGAAAUGUGUAAACUGUGGAAUUCAUGGUUAUCUCCUUUGUAUCUAUAUGUACUUGCUGCUCAAAAAGUACCUUUUUGAAACAUCAAGUCAAGAUAUGACCAAAGCUCAUGCUUGUGUGAAUUGUGAUAGAAUAUUUUUUCAAGAAAAGACACUCAUCAACAAAUGUGUGCAGUCUACAAUAAAUGGACCAUUAUCUGUUCAUUGUUUCUAAAAAAUGCUGUUCUUCUAAACAGUGGAUAAACAUGUCAGACAUUUAUUAUGUAUGGUGGACUCUUAUUAGUUUAAUAGUUUACUAACUCUGUUAUAUACUUUUUAAUUAAUGUAACAAAAUAUAUUAAGGAAUGCCAGUGGUAUUUUACUAUAACACUGUUGAAAUAGCCUUUCAACAUUUUCAACCUUUGGCAUUUUUCAUUGUUUCUUUUCGAACCACUCCCCGGCAUAAUUCUAUGAGGAAUACUGUGUGGCCAACGAUUGAUCUCCGCCUAUUCCUCACUGAAACUGGAGGAGGUGGAGCAGGUGGCAUUGUGUCGUUACUUUUGCUUCCUGCCUUGCAAAACAUUUCGCAAAUAAUUUUAUUGUUUCUUAUGUGGCAAAAAUUGGCUUUCAUCCCUUCAACUG